GGCAGCGACAUCUUCGGCGACAGUAUACUCGCGUUCCCUUUAACUAGUUAUUCAGCGAUAUCUGAACGGUUCACGAAGGUUUAGGUUGGAUCCCGUAGAAAGGAAAAUAAAUCGAAAAUGGCUUCAAAUAAACCAAGUUCAGAAGAUUUGGCUACUGCAAUCUUAAAAACUAAAGAAAAACCAAAUCGUUUAAUUGUAGAAGAAGCAUUAAAUGAUGACAAUUCAGUUGUGGCUCUGUCACAGAUGAAGAUGGAUGAACUUCAACUUUUCCGGGGUGACUCUGUAAUGUUGAAAGGAAAAAAGAGAAGAGAAACUGUAUGCAUUGUGUUGUCUGAUGAGACGUGCCCUAAUGAAAAAAUACGCAUGAAUCGUUGUAUAAGAAAUAAUUUGAGGGUUAGAUUAGGUGAUAUUGUAAGUAUUCAUGCAUGUCCGGAUGUAAAGUAUGGAAAAAGAAUUCAUGUGCUUCCUAUAGAUGAUACUGUUGAAGGCUUAACAGGGAGUUUAUUUGAUGUGUUUUUGAAACCAUACUUUUUGGAAGCCUACCGUCCAAUUCAUAGAGGAGAUUUAUUUGUGGUUAGAGGUGGAAUGCGGGCAGUUGAAUUUAAAGUUGUGGAGACAGAUCCUAGUCCUUACUGCAUUGUUGCUCCUGAUACUGUUAUUCAUUGUGAAGGGGAACCUAUCAAACGAGAGGAAGAAGAGGAAUCAUUAAAUGCUGUUGGUUAUGAUGAUAUAGGUGGUUGUCGGAAACAAUUAGCACAAAUAAAAGAAAUGGUUGAGCUUCCUUUACGGCAUCCAAGUUUGUUUAAAGCAAUUGGAGUAAAACCACCUCGUGGUAUAUUAUUGUAUGGACCUCCAGGAACUGGAAAAACGCUGAUUGCUAGAGCAGUUGCUAAUGAAACGGGAGCAUUUUUCUUUUUAAUAAAUGGUCCUGAAAUAAUGAGUAAAUUGGCUGGAGAAUCAGAAAGUAACUUAAGAAAAGCUUUUGAAGAAGCAGAAAAAAAUUCACCUUCAAUAAUCUUUAUUGAUGAAUUAGAUGCAAUUGCCCCUAAAAGAGAAAAGACACAUGGUGAAGUUGAGCGACGUAUUGUGUCUCAGUUAUUAACAUUAAUGGAUGGACUUAAGCAGAGAUCCCAUGUCAUUGUAAUGGCUGCAACUAACAGACCAAACAGUAUUGAUCCAGCAUUACGAAGAUUUGGAAGAUUUGAUCGUGAAGUGGACAUAGGUAUUCCAGACGUAACAGGAAGACUUGAAAUUCUUCGUAUACACACUAAAAAUAUGAAAUUGGCUGUUGAUGUAGAUCUCGAAAAAAUUGCAGCUGAAACACAUGGAUUUGUUGGUUCUGAUCUAGCUGCUCUUUGUUCUGAAGCUGCUUUACAACAGAUUAGAGAAAAAAUGGACUUGAUUGAUUUGGAAGAUGAUCAAAUUGAAACAGAAGUUCUUAGUUCUUUGGCUGUAACAAUGGAUAAUUUCAGGUGGGCACUUGGAAAGAGUAGUCCAAGUGCUUUAAGAGAAACUGUAGUGGAAGUGCCUAAUGUCACAUGGGAUGAUAUUGGUGGAUUGGAAAAUGUAAAGAAGGAAUUACAAGAAAUGAUACAGUAUCCAGUUGAAUAUCCUGACAAAUUCUUAAAAUUUGGAAUGACACCUUCUCGGGGAGUAUUGUUUUAUGGUCCUCCAGGAUGUGGUAAAACACUUCUGGCAAAAGCCAUAGCUAAUGAAUGUCAGGCAAAUUUUAUUUCUAUUAAAGGACCAGAGUUACUUACUAUGUGGUUUGGUGAAUCUGAAGCAAAUGUUAGAGAUGUUUUUGAUAAGGCAAGAGCUGCUGCUCCUUGUGUGUUAUUCUUUGAUGAGUUAGAUUCUAUUGCUAAAGCUAGAGGUGGAAAUGUUGGUGAUGCAGGUGGAGCUGCAGAUAGAGUUAUCAAUCAGAUUCUAACAGAGAUGGAUGGUAUGAGUUCAAAAAAGAAUGUGUUUAUAAUUGGAGCUACUAACAGACCAGAUAUUAUUGAUCCUGCUAUUCUUAGACCUGGCAGAUUGGAUCAGUUAAUAUAUAUACCAUUACCAGAUGAAAAGUCAAGGCAGUCCAUCUUAAAAGCAAAUCUCAGAAAAUCACCUGUAUCUAAAGUGAGUUCUUAGCUUUAAAGUAAAUUU